AACAACAGUCCCACAACUCCACUACCAUAAUUUCCUUUCUUUAAUACUUCAACUUCAACAUAAAAAAAAGUUCGAUCCCACUUCUACAAGUCCCCUUUCAAUGGACUUCUCUCACAAACUUAGACUAAAAUCACCGCCCACCACUCUCACCCACCGGAAACGUCACUCUCCGAUCACCCACCCACUGAACCACCAGCUACCCAUUGCCUCGCCCUCAACAUUGAGUUCAAAGUUCAAAUCUUUCUCAGUAUCAUCAUCUCUAAACAGCCAACUAAGUAGUUUCAUAAUGUCCAAGUUUAGCAAAAAAAGGGACAUUGAAGGUGUUAGUGAAGAGCUUAAUUUGAUCGCUUCACAGAAUUUGGAUCAUGCCCCUGCUCGUAGACUGGUUCGAUCAGCUUUUGUUGAGGCUCAACGGCAGCUUGACCAUCCUUUGUUUAAGUGGGCUCCCACUGGGAUCACAACACAAGAGUGGUAUGAAAGGAAUUCGAGAGGCUUAGAAAUCUUUUUAAAGAGCUGGAUGCCGCCAUCAGAAGUUGUAAUUAAAGGUGCUGUGUUUAUUUCUCAUGGAUAUGGCGAUACUUGCACUUUCUUCAUGGAUGGUAUAGCAAGGCGAAUUGCUGCAUCGGGAUAUGCAGUUUAUGCUUUGGAUCAUCCUGGUUUUGGUCUUUCUCAAGGAUUGCAUGGUUACAUUCCAGACUUUGAAUACUUAGUUGACAAUGUUAUGGAACAAUAUACGACUAUCAAAGGAAGACCAGAACUAAAAGGAUUGCCUUGCUUCCUAUUAGGGCAAUCUAUGGGUGGAGCUGUUACCCUUAAAGUUCACUUAAAGGAUUCACAUGCUUGGGAUGGCAUGAUCCUUAUAGCUCCUAUGUGCAGAAUUGCAGAGGAUGUGAAGCCACCGCCGCUAGUGUUGAAGGCAGUAACCUGUUUAUCUAGAGUUUUGCCGAAGGCAAAGCUUGUCCCUCAGAAAGAUCUAUCAGAGCUGUUCAUCAGAGACCUGAAGACAAGAAAAAUGGCCGAAUACAAUGUAAUUAGUUACAAUAGUCUAAUGCGGCUUAAAACUGCUGUGGAACUCUCGAAGGCUACAGAGGAUAUUGAGGCUCGGCUAGAAAAGGUUUCAGCUCCAUUGUUGAUUAUUCAUGGAGCUGCCGAUAAGGUGACGGAUCCUCAGGUGAGCCAGUUCCUAUAUGAGAGGGCCUCUAGCAAAGAUAAAACAUUGAAACUAUAUGAAGAAGGUUAUCACUGUAUUCUUGAAGGGGAACCUGGUGACAUAAUAUUUGGCAUCUUUGAUGAUAUUGUUUCAUGGCUGGAUUUCAGGUGUUCAACUGACUAGAAAGUUGUACUAACGUCCCUCAACUUUAUUUUCUGUCCUAUCAUAGUUCUUUUUCUUUGAUUUUAUUGCAUCAAAAAAAUCAUACCAUUAGUUUGGCUACAUCUCCAUUAAUUUUAGAUUACAUGACGAUGAGGAGGACGCCUAUAGGCUUCAAACUCAUCGUCACAUCAUCUAAAAGUAACGGUAAUGGAAUCAAACUAACGAGAGAGAUUGUUAGAAAUCAAAGAAAAACGACUAUUAUGGAGAGAGAAGAAAGUUGAGGGACCGCCCAUGCAAAUACCCAUUUUUUUGCCUGAUGCAAUAUCAAUCCCUUGCUUCUAGUUCUUGCACAUGGUGGUAGUGUCCAGCCUGGUAUAUUAUUGUUUCUAAUUUAGUUUUUUAGGAUCAUAUAACUAAAAAAUAAUUAUCAGAUAAUUCAUUAUAUUUGAUAACAAUAGAAAUUUGUUGGUGAAUCAAAGCAAAUGUAAGUAAUGUAAAUGUAUUUUAUGUUUAAGUUUGUUAUAUCCAUGAAAUGUUGAAUAAAAUUAAAAACAAUGUAGCUGGCAAAUCCUCUGCAAUUUCUUUUGCUCUGCAUUUGUGAAAGUAAA